GUUCACACAGUUUCCACUUUAAAGUCACAACAGACAGAAGAACCUGCAGAACACAAGAAAGAAUGGAAUCAAAAACAGUUCAGAUGAUAUGUGUGGCUCUCAGCGCCGUCGGGCUGAUUGCAGUCAUCACCUGCUGCGCCCUGCCUGAGUGGGUUAUAGGACAUUAUGGUGAUCUGGAAGUUCGUGUAGGUCUGUGGAUGGUGUGUGUGAGGCGGGGAACCGGACCACAGGUGUGCCAAACGCUUGAAAGCAUCGAGCAGAUCUCACCGCUUCAUUCCUUCCGGGCCGUGAUCGUCUUUAGCUGCAUGCUGGGUAUUCUCAGCCUCCUCCUCCUGAUCUUUGGUUCCGACUUCACCACAUGUGUUCAGAACCAAGACACCAGGACCAAAAUGAUCCUGGCGGCCGGAGUGGACCUGAUACUGGCCGGCCUGCUGGUGAUCAUCCUGGUCAUCUUUGAGACAAAUGAAAUUAGAAAUGCAACAGUGCGAGUGACAGCAGGAGCGAGCAUCUAUAUCGGCUUCAUAGCUGGUGUGAUGAUGAUGCUGACUGGAGUUCUGCUCUGCUGCUUAAUCAGACCCGGAUCCAGCAGCUCUGGAGGAACCGCCAGCUUCUCCAGCAACAGAGUUUAAGAUAAAAAAAUUAAUUUAGAGGCUUGAUGUAAGGAACUGGUGUCCAACAGACAGUCAGACAAGGGAGAUGAUUUGGUAAAAACUGGGAAAACGACGUCAAAUUAUCAUAUCUACUUUUAACAUUUAGUGUUAGAAGCCACGUACACUGUAAAACUUUUGACUUUUUCUUUUUCCCAGUAUUUUUCUAAAAGUCUGUUAACAUUUGACUUCACAAAGAUCUUCAAGAAAAAUAUUUUAAAAGGCAUGAAUGUCAUUUUUGCCUUUCAAAAUAAUUUCGCUGAAUGCAGGAAAAUUAGAUUUCUCUGAUAUUUUUGAUGCAUUUUUUUGUUUGCUUAUUAAAACUGUUUUAUGUUUGUCAUUUUUUCAUUCUUUCUUGAUUCCAGUUUAAAAACCAGUCAACAUAAUUACCAACCAGAUUUGCUUCAACUUCAUGAUGUUUCUCAGUUUUCUGCUUUACUUUCUAUUGAUAAAACAUUUAUUGUAACUAUUUCUGUUUUUGUACAACAAUCACAAAAGAUCAUUAUCUUUGAUCAGAUUCAGAUGUGAUUGGAAAAUAAAUUAAUCAGAAAAUUUUAUUUCAUAUAAAAGCUUUUUGUUUUUCAAAAACAUGAAAAGUUUAAGCAACUUACAAAAAACUUUACUUCAGCUGUUUGAUUCUUCAUCUCAUAUGUAAAAUAAUAUUGUUUUACAAAAUGAUAAAGAUCCUUCAGAUAAAGUGAUACCGUCUGAUUUUAUCUUAUA